AUCAAAACCUGGUCCCCUUUCUUUUUGGCUAAGCUACAGUUUCUCGUCUCUGCAUUUACUUCUUCAUUCUUCCUCCUCUCUGCAAAUUUGAAUUCACUCCCUCUGGACCUUCUCUUGUUAUAACUCUUCAUACCCCCAUUUCUUGCUUUGUCGCAUUUCGCUUUGGAGACAUUGAUCAACCUUUCAUGUUCAACCAUCUGGGUUUAACAUUUGAAUGAGAUGGGUGAUUUCGAUUUGAAUAAAGACGAUAAAAAGCAGAGAAGAAACAGAGUAAAUGAGGUUUCUUGGCAUUGUCCAGGUUCUUACAAACACGGACGGUCUAAAAGUGCAUCGUCAGAGCGAGAUCUCCAAGCUACUAGUGAUAGAGCUUCAGAGUCUGCCAAAAGUUUCACUAGAAUGCAAACAUCCAAUGUGAAAACGACAGCAAACAAGAAACCAAAACCUCUGCAUAACCGUGAGAUAUUUAUCAAAAAGAAUCCGCCUUCUAACGAUAGAGCCUCUUUGGAACGAGAUGUUGAGCAGCUUCAUCUUCGUCUACAACAGGAGAAAUCUAUGAGAAUGGUGUUAGAGAAAGCAAUGGGCCGUGCUUCAAGCAGUUUAUCUCCAGGGCACAGACAUUUUUCUUCUCAGACGAAGGAACUUAUCACCGAGAUCGAAUUGCUAGAAGCAGAGGUUGCGAAUCGCGAGAACCAUGUGCUCUCUCUGUACCGGAGUAUCUUUGAAGAGACAAUAAGCAAAGCAUCUUCAGAUAAAAACUCAGUGAUUUCCUCUCCAGCUCGUCAUAUAAAGCAGCCACCAAGAAAACACCCAAGUGUCAUUUCAAAUGCAUUUUGUUCCUCCAAUAACUUCACUCUAAAGCCUUGGCACGCUCUGGUUACUUCUAAAGAUUUGAGCAGAAAAACCUCCAAAAAGGAUCAGACUUCUCAGUUCCAGGACAAAAACUGUAUUCCUUCAAUAACAAGUUGCUCAGGCCAAGCAAAAUCACAUUCAAAGGUUUCAGUAACAGAGAAAUCUCCAUCAGAGAGACGUCUAAAGGAUCAUUUGUACCAAUGCCCAAGCAGAUUGUCUGAAGAAAUGGUCAAGUGUAUGGCUUCAGUGUACUUCUGGCUCUGCAGCAGUGCCAUGUCAGCAGAUCCUGAGAAGAGGAAGAGAAGUUCACUAAUCCUAUCUAGAUCGGCGACUAGCGAUGUGGUCAUCCCCAAGAACGUUAUGAGUGAAGACCGAGCUUGGUCUUGCAGAUCGGUAAUGGAAGUAUCUUGGAUCUCAUCAGACAAGAGAAGGUUUUCUCAAGCAUCAUAUGCUAUUAACAACUACAGGCUGCUUGUUGAACAACUGGAGAGAGUUACUAUAAAUCAAAUGGAGGGGAAUGCAAAGCUAGCAUUUUGGAUCAACAUCUACAAUGCUCUCCUUAUGCAUGCAUACUUGGCAUAUGGUGUACCUGCUAAUUCUAUUAGAAGGUUAGCUUUGUUUCACAAGUCUGCGUAUAAUAUCGGUGGACACAUCAUAAAUGCAAACACCAUUGAAUACUCUAUCUUCUGCUUCCAGACUCCACGAAAUGGACGUUGGCUUGAGACCAUUAUCUCCACCGCCUUGAGGAAAAAACCAACCGAAGAUAAAGUAAGCUCAAAGUUCAGCCUUCACAAACCAGAGCCACUUCUCUGUUUCGCUCUUUGCACUGGUGCUCUCUCAGAUCCAGUGUUAAAAGUAUACACUGCAACAAACGUUAAAGAGGAACUAGAAGCUUCGAAAAGAGAGUUUCUACAGGCAAACGUGGUUGUAAAGAUGCAGAAGAGAGUGUUUUUACCAAAGAUUAUGGAGAGGUUCACAAAGGAAGCUUCUCUUAGCUCUGACGAUUUGAUGAGAUGGUUAAUAGAUAACGCAGACGAAAAGCUUGGGGAAUCGAUACAAACAUGUUUGGAAGGUAAACAAAACUACAAGAAAGCGUCUCAGGUCUUUGAAUGGUUGCCGUACAGUUCAAGGUUCCGUUAUGUUUUCUCAAAGGACUUGAUGGAAAAAAAGCCUUGGUGGGUUUAAAAAGGGAUAAUUGCUAAUAAGUUCUCUCUAGUUUCAAGAGAGCCUUGUAUGUUUGUAAUGAGACAAUGGAAGAUUAACAAAAAGGCUUAAAGUUAUAAUCAUCAGGCCUCAAUUCCGCACAUUUUGGAUGGUAAUUCUGAAGGAUAAAGUUAUAA